AGGUUUUGGACUGUACUGAGUACCCAGGGAGCGAUGCAAUGGUUGCGGGGCAACCAAAGUGUUUUACCCCAGGCACCAAAGUCGGAGACCUAUGCAAACCUUGGAGCCAUUUUACCAGGGCGCCCCAACUCUGCUCAGAACGCCCAUGCGGAGGGCGCACGCGGGACCCGGGGCGAAUCAGGAGCCCUCUUCUCAAGAAGACCAGCUUCAACGCCGCAGACGCAGACCCCUGAAUCAGGCUUGUUCCUUCGAAGGGCUCCCAGCGUGGACUCCCCGACUUCGGAGGACGAAUCAGGAAGCUACCUCUUGAGGGCUGCAAAUGCCAAGAAGCCCUCCAAAGGUCGAACGAAGACCACGAUGACCUCGAUCUCCGAAGGCUCUACGAGGAGCAAAUCCCGCGGUGAAGAGAGCAGGAUGCAACACCUCUUCGGCGAUACCGUGGAACCGUUCUCACGAGGUGUGUCAGAUCGAACUCCACGAGGCGGUACCGGCGGUACCGGCUCUGGAGCCAGCGGUCACAAAACCCCUCGAGGCUCGUUGCAAGAUAGCAGCUUCCUGGAGAAGAAUCUGGAGUUUGAGCGUGGAGUUUCUCAUCGCUCUGUUGCAAGCUCUUCGGCAGGCUCACAAGAUGGUGGAGAAACCAAAUCGAAUAUGUCCACCUCCAUGUUGGCGAAGAUCCUGAAACCCUACAUGAAAGGUACCAAGCAUGAAGAUACAGCUGCAGAGACAUUGGACGAAAGCGCCCCGAGGACUUCUUCAGAUGAGUUGGAGAAGGUCGCAGCACAGAAGAAACAUUCAGCAAGAUUGCUCUUGGACGAUGGAGGAAUGCAGGGCCUGGUGCGGAAGGCCGCGGCGUUGGCCGGGUCUGGGCUAAUGGAACGGCGCCAAGAGGCGUUGAAACGGUCCAGGAUGUUGCAGGAGAUGUUCCAAGAUCCGCAGGCUGAUCAAACCUCCGCCUUGGAGGCCGAAGUGGACGUGACGGACCUGCCAUUGGAUCAAAAGUCCUCGGAGGAGGUUUACUGGGAAACACUUUGGAAGGCCACGAAAGAUAUGAUGCGAGAUGACCCAACGGAGGACUGUGCACUGGUGAAGCCAUGUUUUGAGUGAAGAAGUGGUUUGCUUGGCUCACCCAUCUUGAAAAUGACGAUGCCACCGACUCUAGCAGACGAGUCUCUCUCGUCUCCGAAUUCCGACCUCCCAGUGACCUCCCGACCAAUCCAUUUUGGGGGGUUCGUGCCCGCUCUCCGAAUCCGCCAGAAUACCCCGAAGCUCGACAUGGAUCUGCUCCCGGAGAUUCCAGGGUCGGGGGAGCUAGGUCAGGAGCUAGGUCGAGCUUGGAGGGAAAACCAUCCACCUGUUUGGCAUUCGGACAAUGGCCAUCCUGCUUGGGGCCAUGCCAUCCACGGGGCCAUAACCUUGAUUAUUUCAGGGACUGGGAUUAGUGCAGUUCUCCGAACAAGGCCUGUAGGUCUCUGAAGCAGUCUUGGGAGAGAUGGUUUCCAGGGAAAAGGAGUGAAAAAGGCAUGUUCCAAAUCCUGUUGUUUUUCUGAAAGAAAGACUUCUGCAUCGACUUGUUGCACAUUGAGGACAUAAGCAAGUUGUUUUUGUGGAGCUUUGACCAACAUGUCCGGAAUGUAGUUUGUUUUGCUUUUUUGGUUGGGUGGCAAGCGUGGCGCACAUGUGCCCAGGUCUGUGGAUAUGCCCUUUCCGUAAUCGCAGGUGGUUGAAGAUUCCGGCCAAAUCUGAACGGCCCAGCCUCAUGAUGAAUGGCUGAGCCUCCGAAACUCUGCAGAACGAAGGGCCUUGUCCGUCCUUUGAAUCGUGCGGAGACGUGGCUGCAGCCGCUGGUUUGCACGCGAAUGGCUGGUUUUGUUUACCAAAACUGCUUAGUACUCGGUCCUGUCAGUGCAGGACAUCCUGUCAGUGCAAAGAUGCCUGACACGUGGUGUUGUGGCGCCAAAACCGAUUCAG